AUGACCAGUAUCGGGCAGAUAAUCGAUGAAAACUCUUCAAGGACACUGGCACCCGCUGCAGUUGCCUCGCAAGUGGCCUUUAUGACAGUGAUUUCGGUUGCGGCAGUGGUAACAUUCAACAUCCUUCGGCCCAAGAAUAAGGCAAUCUAUGAGCCAAAGGUCAAGUACCAUGUUGGCGACAAGAAGCCACCACCAAUAUCCGAUUCACUGUUAGGAUGGCUGCCGCCUCUCAUUCGGACGAAGGAGCCCGAGCUCCUCGAGAAAUUCGGUCUCGAUGCUGUCACCUUCCUUCGUUUUACUUGGAUGAUGCGAUCGAUAUUCACUGCUGUGGCGUUCAUAUGUUGCGCCAUCCUCCUCCCCGUCGAUGCCGUCUACAACCUCAAGCACGUUCCUUCUUCAGGACGCGACAUACUGUCUAUGCUCACCAUCCGCGAUGUCGAAGGAUCAUACCUCUUUGCUCAUGUGGCCGUCACGUACAUGAUAUCCCUUCUCGUGAUGUUCUUUGUCUGGCGACAUUGGAAAAUUAUGCUGCAUCUCCGCAAGCAAUGGUUUCGUUCACCGGAGUACAUGGAAUCAUUUUAUGCCCGGACUCUUGCCAUCAUGCGUGUCCCCAAGAAAUACCAAUCUGAUGCUGGUAUUCGUGCCAUUUUCGAAAGUGUGCAAGUCCCAUACCCAACCACAUCGGUCCACAUCGGUCGAAAAGUCGGACGCCUACCGGAACUAAUCGACUACCAUAAUGACAUCGUGCGGCAGCUUGAACAAGUACUCGUUACGUAUCUUAAGGAUGGAAAAAUUGCUAAAGAACGCCCUACAAUUCGUAUUGGUGGCUUUCUAGGGAUGGGCGGGGUUAAGAAGGAUGCCAUUGAUUUUUACACCGCUAAACUUGAACGUGUAAACAAGGCAAUAGAGGACUACCGCCAGGAAAUCGAUACCCGUCGAGCGGAGAAUUAUGGUUUCGCGUCAAUGGCCGCCGUAUCUUACGCACAUACAGUGGCUAAUAUACUUCGAAAGAAACAUCCCAAAGGAACCGACGUGACCUUGGCGCCGAAUCCCAAAGAUAUAAUAUGGGCGAACAUGAACAAAUCGCCCGCCGAAUUAUUUCAAAAGAAAAUCAUCGGUUUCUCGUUACUGGUUCUCGUGUGUUCCUUCAAUACCAUUCCGUUGUUCAUUAUCUCCAUUCUUGCCAACUUAUCCUCGAUAUCAGCAUACGUCGGUUUUCUUAGUGCAUGGUCUACCGCUUCCCCUGGCUCCUUUGCAUUUGUAUCUGGUGUUCUUCCACCCAGCAUUUCCGCACUCUUCGGCGUUGCUCUGCCAAUUCUAAUGCGCUACUUGAGUCGCUUCCAAGGCGCCCUCACUCACAGCCGGCUGGAUCGCGCUGUAGUUGCACGUUAUUUCGCAUUCCUGGUCAUCUCUCAAUUGGUUAUCUUUACUCUCAUUGGCGUAGGGUUUAUUGCUGCUGAGCAAGUAGUGAACGAAAUUGGCGAACAUGUCAGUUUCAAAGACAUCAUCAAUAAUUUGCAUAGUCUACCAGCGACCAUUAACGCGACUUACAUUAAUCAGUCCUCCUAUUGGCUAACAUUCUUCCCCCUUCGCGGGUUUCUCACCGUUUUUGACUUGGCUCAGGUCGUGAACCUUGUAUGGGUCUUCUUCAAGAAGAAGGUCUUUGGCCGAACCCCUCGUGACAUACGGGAAUGGACACAGCCACCAGAAUUUGAGUAUGCCAUUUACUACUCAACCUUACUGUUCAUGGGCACCGUCGCACUCGUGUUCGCGCCGCUCGCACCAUUAGUGGCGCUGGCUGGCGCAGUAGUAUUUUGGGCGAGCUCCUGGGUAUACAAAUACCAGUUAAUGUUUGUGUUCGUCACAAAGGUUGAAAGUGGUGGUCGCCUCUGGAACAUGGUCGUCAACCGGUUACUCGUGUCUGUCAUCCUGAUGCAGCUGCUCAUGGCCCUCACGAUCGGUCUGCAAUAUGGCUUCAAGUCGUUCUUGUGGCUUACGACUGUUCCACCUGUCUUGUUCAUCAUUGCCUUCAAGGUCUGGAUAAACAAAAAAUUUUACCACCAGUUCCUAUACUACACUCCUUCCCAAGAAGAGAUUCAACGUCCCCAUAUCCACUCGUCCCGUGCUGAUGCAUCCGGCAACCGUAUCGAAAGGCGUUUCGGCCAUCCGGCUCUUCACAUGGAACUCUUUACCCCGAUGUUGCAUGCUAAGAUGGUGCCUCUCCUUGGGGAGGUAUACAAGGGUCCAAUUGGUAGUGAUAAGGCGAAGUUGGGCGAGUACGGCGGCAGAAAGUUAAAUGCACAAGUCAUCGACUGUGGAAUCAAAUUUGCUGGAGUCGAACAGCGUGAUUUGGAAUACGACCCGGCAUUAUAUAAACGCGAUCGUGGGGAACUUGAUUGGGACGCACGUUCGAUGGCUUCCGCUGCGAUCUUUGGUCACCGCCCUAGCGAGAGCGCUUCUGCCUAUCAGCAGAAGGCAGCCUUUUAUGCAGCAGGUGGUGAAAGCGGACGCUCGUCCCCAGCACCUGUGACCUAUAGUCGUACAAUCACGCAAAGUGAAAUUGAGCUUUCCCCCCUAGGGCAGAGUGCCGAUAAUCUACCCCUUCUACGUGACCGAGAAUAUGGCUACCCGAUGGGUCGGCAAACGCCACCACCAAUACCCACUCUUCCGCCGCGCUUCGCGUCGCCGACCCCCCCGUAUGCACCUGAGGAUGCUGUACACUCGGCGGAGGAGUUCAGGGAGGCCCCUCUGCAUCGUCCCUACACACAUUCGCGGCCAGGAUCCAGUUAUUCGACCGAUCCACCACAAUAUAAUCUAGCCGGCCGCGGCACACAUCGUCCGUACUAG